CCAAUGAAUGGAUAACGAGUUGCUCAGAUCCGUCUAAAAAACAAACACCAGAAUAUAUAUAUUUUGCUGCUGGAGUUACUGUUGGUUGUUAUCUGGUUGUGGCGCCGCGAUGAUGUAUUCUCCCAUUUGUCUCACUCAGGUAGAUGAAUUCCAUCCGUUUAUCGAGGCGCUUCUCCCGCACGUCCGUGCCAUCGCAUACACUUGGUUCAACCUGCAAGCCCGAAAACGCAAAUACUUCAAGAAGCACGAGAAGCGAAUGUCCAAGGACGAGGAGAGAGCAGUCAAGGAUGAGCUGUUGAGCGAGAAGCCUGAGAUCAAGCAGAAAUGGGCGUCCAGGUUGCUAGCCAAGCUCCGCAAGGACAUCCGCCAGGAGUACCGGGAAGAUUUUGUGCUCACCGUCACAGGGAAGAAGCACCCUUGCUGCGUCCUGUCCAACCCUGAUCAGAAAGGCAAGAUGCGAAGAAUCGAUUGCUUGCGACAAGCCGAUAAAGUCUGGCGGCUGGAUCUAGUGAUGGUGAUCCUGUUUAAAGGGAUCCCAUUGGAAAGUACUGAUGGCGAGCGGCUUGUCAAAUCCUCACAGUGCUCUAACCCAUUGCUCUGCGUGCAGCCACACCACAUAACCGUAUCAGUCAAGGAGCUGGAUCUGUUCUUGGCUUACUACGCACAGGAGCAAGAUUCAGGGCAGUCAGAGAGCCCAAGCCACAGCGAGCCUCCAAAAAUUACUCCAGCGUACCUAGAGGACAGCUUCGUAAAAUCAGGAGUCUUCAGCAUUGGAGAGCUAAUGCGAGUGUCGAGAAUGCCUAUAACCCAAGGAAGUGGAGUCAGUUACAAUCUUGGAGAAAUUCAAAGUCAGCCAUUCUACCAUGACAUUAACUCUGGGCUUCAGAGAUCAUUGUCCUCUCCACCGGGCAGCAAACGGCCUAAGGCUAUCUCUAUCGAUGACAGCAUAGAUACCAGUCCCACAGGAGAGUUUUACCCUUCUCCCAGCUCACCUACCAGUGUCAGCCGGACAUGGCAUGAAAGAGAUCAAGUAGAAAUGUCAUCUCCUACAAUGAAGAAGCCUGAGAAGUCAAUGUACAGUGGCCCCACAUCUCCUCAAGAUUCAUCACCACGACUGAGCACUUUCCCACCACAUCAUCAUCCUGGCAUCCCAGGACACAGCGUCAUCUCAGCAAGAAGCCCACCUCCUCCUUCACCGCUCCACUUUUCACCGGGCUCCAUUCUCCCUCCUGCACCCGGUAGUUACUUCUCACACCCAACAAUCAGAUACCCACCACAUCUUACCCCUCAGGACACUACGAAGAAUUUCGUACAACUUGGCUGUGGCCCGUCCAACCCACAAACAAGCCAGCCUAACAGUAGUGGGCAAGUAGUGGGCAAAGGGCCUGGUCACUUUACUUCAGUGCUGGCUCCCUCACCCCAUCACGGCAUGCCCAGACCAGUGACUCUAGCCAUGUCUUCAGACACUAAACCUGUCACUACAUCAACUGAAGUCUACACAGGGUCAGGCACAUCCCCUGCCAACCGGCAAUUUGUGGGAAUCAGCUCACGGGAUCCAACCUACCUACACCAGCAGCAGCUGAGGAUUUGUGACUGGACCAUGAAUCAAAACGGCAGGCAUUUAUACCCCAGUGCCAGUGACGAUACUUUGGGAAUUGCUUGGCAAAGUCCUGGUACCUGGGCUAGCCUGGUCCCAUUCCAAGUGUCAAAUGGGACGACCAUCCUGCCAACGAAUGUCCAGAAUUACAGUUUAAACUUCAUCGGUGAACCCUUCCUGCAAGCGGAAACGACAAACUGAGGACAAAGAAGAUCAAAGCGUGAUUCCAAAUCGAAAGGAAAAGUCUUCAGAAACAAGACAAGUGAUUGCGGGCGCUCACAAUCACUAAUUUCUUGCAAGCUUAAAAUCUGCGUAAAUGGUAUUUCAUCAGUGACACUGAAGGGUGAUUUUAGUACCUGGAUGGUGAGGUGACAGAUCAUGUCCCAGCAACCGGCCUUUAUUGAACAAUGGGAUCCACUAGGGGGACAGUUGUUUAAUUUCCAGAUCUGACAAACUUAAUACACUUAUUAGCUUUUAGAUGUUUAAGAGUUUGCAUGUUUAGACAGUUAGUGGGGUUCAGGUAACUUUUUUUUUAAAAAAAAUUGUUUUCACUCAGUUCAAGAGUAGUAAAACUACAUACAGCCCUGUCCUCCUGGUUUGACAAGGUUUGAAUUGCAAGAUAAAGGCUGGGUGAGGAAUGUAUAUGUAAUUUUGUGUUUUCUACAAAACUGUUGUCUGAGGGGAUGAAAGGCCCGCGAAGCACACAUUUAGUCUAUGCACACUAUGCUACUGCAGAGAGAAAAAAAACAUAAGAUACAGUUCUGCUGGAUUUAGAUUUGACAAUUGACUCCACCAACUGUUUCUUGUUACUGAACCCUUUUCCCUUUUAAUGCUUAGUGCGCAAAUCCGAAGAGAACAAAUUUGACACAAGAGCAUUUUGAAAAGCACCAGGGUUAUAGAUUCAAGGGGGUAAAACUCCCCUUGAAUUUCCGGAUUCGAAUGCCGUCAUCUGAAUACGAGAAUGAAGCUCGGUUGAUAUUUUUAUGUUGCCCUUAAAAAGAAAUGUCAGUAAAUUUUUUUUUAAAUGAAAUAAAUCACUUAAGAGGCAAGUGCAAUUUAAAAUUUCUGAGUGAGGGGAUUUAUGUAAGUCCUUUUGCCCUAGGACUCUAAAUUGAGGGGACAUAAUAUAAUCUUUAACUAAUUCUGAACAUUUUACCCCUCCCCUCUGAUGUGCAUUUAUUAAGGGAAAAAAAUGCACAUGGACACAUCCUGCUGUGACAUGCUUACUUAAGAAGGCAAUUGAACAGAAUUGGAAAAUGCUGCACUUGGUUCCUUAUACUCCAUUACCUCAAUGGAGUUUAAUAAAAUAUAUAUGUGUGCAUCAGGUGUGUCAAAAAUAUGAAAUAUUAAAAAAAAUGCAUGACGCAAACCGUUUUUCCAAGGACGUAGACAAAACCAUAUCACGUGGAGGCUGCUGGUGGGCAGCAUCGCAGUUUAAAAAUCAAUGGCAACAGGGAUGGAGGCGCUAGACCUUUUCGCACUCUCGUGUGUCAAUGCUUUUCCUACUCACAGGGUGCCGAGUAAUGCAUGGUGCUUCUCCUUCACAAUUCGCCUUGCUAUCCGCCUGACAGUGCUAGUGGCAGGACUCCAGUGUGCAUGGCAAGUCAGUUUUGCCUCUUCUGUUUCUCUGUAACUCUAAUAGACCUUUUCUUGAUUUGCACGAAGUUAUAUAGUCCACAUUACGUGCCUUGCCUUUAAAAUAAGAAAAACAGUGACAUCACUGCACACGUUUGCUGCGUAUAUUAUAGCUCAUCCUAUGAAAUUUACCAUUUGUAUGAAAGAAAAAUUAUUUUGUACUCCAGAGGACAGUGUGACAUCACUAAUUGUCAAUAUUCAAAUACUUUUGACUUUGUUAGCUCAUUUAUAAAAGCGUAUCAUGGCUGUGUAUAGUUGGUGCUUAAAAAUUUUUUAAUCAGCCAGUAAUAUUUUUCAGUAUUUUUGGCAAGUUUUUCUAUUAAUCUUCAUGUUUUUUUUUCAUCUUUCAAUUACUUGUUUGGGGGGUUUUGAAUUUGUAAGAAUUAUGCAAUACCACGUUUUUGUCUACAUAGGUAAAGCUUUUAGCUACAUUGAUUAUCACAAGUUAGUAUGCAGAAUAGCUGACGUAAGCUUUUUUUCUUUUCCAUUUUUAAUUGACCAAAGUUGGUGCUGCUUUCUAUGCAGUAUGAUAGGUCCUUUUUUUUCCUGUAUAGAAAGAUUAGGGGAGAAUGUUUUGGGGAGGGGGGAUUUUUUAAAAAAAGAACACUACAGCACCGCUGUGAAGCAUAACGCCAUUUGCCAGACACAGGCUGCAAAGUAACUGCUCUGUCUACUGUGACAAACUUUAAACUAGGUCUUUCUAUUGACUUUCCACCUGGGGUGCAAGAUUAACUCAUUUUAUUAAAAAUAUAUAUGUAUGAGUUAUAUACGUAUAUAAAAUACAUUGUCAUUUUCACUGGAGGCAGGCUUGACUUGAGCUUCAAUGUUUAUUGAGGAGUUGGGAUUUUUCCCUUGUGAACAAUUUGGCAUUUUUUUAACAUCCUUUUGUUGACCUUAUAAAACCGAAGCAGAACAAGGAGUCUAAAAUCCUGCUUUCACGUUCUAUCAGUGAAAGCUCACCAGGAAUGCUUCCCUCUUCAGCCCUACUGGGGUACCUCAUGGUAUCUGGCCAGAAAGUGGUCGGCAAUGAUGUUUGGACAAAACUAUCUCACUAGCGUUUCUCUCUCGGGAUCUGGUUAAUUAAAAAAAAUAAUCUUUCCAUCUUUCAGAACACUUAUUAAUUUUUUAUCAUCUUGAUCAGCGACUGAUCUCUCCCUCUUACUAGCUACCGGCUCAGUCACAAAACCCUUAGUCAUCAAGCACAGCAGAGAUCUCCACACAACAGUCUGGGUUUAAGUCAGCUCUUAAAAAUACUCAUUCUGAGCGGCUUUCAAAUGACUCAAUGUAACAAUGUUUUUUUUUUAAGUUUUGCCAAUUUGUUCCCCAAAAUGCCCACUCAAAGCUGGGGCAGCGGGUCUAUGGGUGCCAACUACGUGCUGUUACAACAACAGCAGCAACAACAAAUUGGAUUUACAUAGUGCCCUUCAUGUCGGGAGGAUGUCUCAAGGCACCCAAGUGACCAUUGUUCACGUAUAAGUUUAGCCAUGGAGGGCAAUGCAGCUGAGCCUGAUCCCGAUCUCACUCACUGUGCACAGAUGCACACAUUCCUGCAGAGAGAUCACUGGAUAGUCACCUCUCGGCUCGUUCAGUCUCCUUCCCCUUUUCCCCUCCACAUGCCCCACUCACAAGGGCUCAAAGACACUGAAGCCAAAUGUAGUGUCAGGGGCUGAGAUCUGCUUGUCCUAAUGCUGCUUCCAUAAGAUUUCCAAUUCUAAAUCCAAAGGCUGAGAAUUGGAAUCUCAAUGUAAACUUUUGUUUUUUUUUAAAAAAUGCAUGCUUUUAAAUAGAAAAUUUUAAUAUUGUUCAUUUCUUUUACAAACGAUCCAAACAUAUAACCAAUAUUUACCUUCAUGGCACACUACAAAAUAUUUGACCACUGUCCAGUGAUAAUCAGAUUUUAUUUAUACCUUGGAGAAUCAGCUGAAACUCCUUUCAUCCUAUAUCUGAGUCAUUUGGGGUAGGAUUUUUUUGGUGGGAUGAUAAAGGAAGAUAUGUCUGUGUCCUUCUGUUGUGAUGAUAUUGAGAUUUCUACAGAAGUGAACGUGAAGGGAUGGGAGGGGGUUUGUAACUCAAGUCAAGUCUCUGCUCUCCUCCUACACCAGGAUGCCAAUUCUGACCAAACGAAGCCACCCCGUUCUAUGUGCACUGUUUCUGCCUUUUGCUUAAGUGCUUUGCAGUCUUGGCCAAUGGCAUUGCCACUGAAGUGCAUUUCCCCGUGUGACGUGCAGGUUGAAGACGCAAUAGAUCGGGAAAAAAAAUAACUGAGAAGGAGACUUACAUUUUGAAAAAAAAACUGGCAAAAACUAAUAACUAUAGCAAUAGCUGUGGGAGUAUGAUGCAGGCACGGCAGCUCAGUCAAUAAGUGGUUGUGUAAUGUGAGGGGAAACAAAAAGGAGGUCCUUAAAAUGAACCACCUGCCUUGCAGACUGUAAUUUGUACACUGUAUAGUUUUGUUAAGAACAUUUUAAAAUAAUCUACCCUUUUUUGUAACGCUAACAUUUUUUAAAUGAGUUAAUUGGGGAGGAUAUGACUAUACUGGCUUUUGAAAGACACCGGUAUAUGAUGCCAUUUUUAAGAAGAAAAGAACAAUUCCUGUCGGAAGCUGGACUUGAGUUAAAACUCUCCAGUAACCUAAUUUAUAUAUUAAAAAAAACUGUCCAUAUGAUGAGAUUGUGUAUUCCUAUGCUUAAAAAGUGUAGGUUCCUAAUUUUUAAUCCAGUUUUAAAUGGAGAAAAGUUAUAUUUUAUGAAGGUUAUUUUGUUGUAUUUAGUAUUGAAAAGGUUGGUUUUCAGAAACAUUUCAUAUUGUCGGAAGGAAUACUGUCUUUUUUUUUAUUAGUGUGUAUGGCCUCCAGUAAAAGUCUGUGUGAGUUUUAAAUGUUGGUAUUUAUGAUUAGAGAGAGAGAGAGUGUAUAAGGGUUUGGCAAUGAACCCAGCCUCUGACAGACCAUCCCUAUUAAUGAACCCAGGUAGGAUCCUGACUCAGUCUUGUAUGGUUUUGAAAUACAGUACAGUGCUAAGGGGAAUCUAUCUGAGGUCACUGGGCUAGGGCAUUGGUAUGGGUUUUCAUUGCACAACACUGAAUUGCACUUGCACCAUACAAGGUUUCAAAGGUUACAGAAAGAUAUCCCAUAUACAGUGUACAGUAUUCUGUUUUUGAAAGGACAAUGCGAUGUUGCUGGCAAUUAGGUCCCAAGACAGAUACCAGACAUGGUUUACAUAUUCCUGUUAAAGUCUGCUGUUGAUAGUAACCAGCUGCAUGUUUCCUGAACCCUUUUCUGUUUUGUUUUCUUCACGGAGAACUUGGACCCACAUUUCUUUCCAAAUGCAGAACGUGGAAAAAUCCAGUCGGAGUAAACUGAAAUAACACUGAUCGUGAAAUCCACGUCCUGUUUUGCCCCACCUCCUCCAGGUACAUAUUGGAUUGCAGACUUUUUUUUCUGUUUAUUUUCAAGGGCAUGCAAUUGGCCAAAGUAGGCUUGACUGGAAUAUGCACAAGAUAGGCAACAUCAUUGGUUUCAAUAAAAAUCAAGUGAAAACCUAAAAACCUGAUGUUGCUUUGUUUUUACCCUGCGUAUUGGCAUUCAAAUCCGACCCCUCCCAGGGAAGGUGUCAAUGCCAUUGCAGCAACUUCUUGGACUGUUUCCAUCCCACAGUGCUUUUUGCCACAUUGUUAGUAGUUAAAGGGGACACGUUUGGAAAUGGUCAAUUUUCACAUUUUCGUUGCAGUUUUUCCUUACAGGAUGUAUGUAAUACAAAAAAAAACUUUCUCUAGGUAUGAGUCUCUGGAAAUAUCUGUGUUUUAAGAGUUUACUGUAUGCUAAAGUUGUAAAAAUGGUCUCAAUGUCAAUGGUAGUUGGUAUUGCCUCCUCAGAACUUAGUUAAGAGCCCUCACAAAAAGCAGCCUGCUAAAUCAAGCAAUCCUGAAUUGAAGGUAAAUCACAAACAAGAUACAAAAUCAAUUAAGUUCAUUUCAAAUAAUUUUUAAUUCCUUUUUGAUCUGACAAAAAAAACAGUUUUUAUUAAAAUUCAAACUCAUUAAUGUAACACAGCAAUGAUUAACCCACUGUAAAAUUGCAUUGAGAUAUAGACACAACAUUUGCUGUGGAUGCACAUUAUGAAUAAUGUGUUAUCUGCUUGUAAAGGACAUGCAGACAGUCUCUAAAUGUUUUCUGAGUUGUCACAGUCUCCAAAUAGCUUAAAACCAGCAGUAAAUUGGUAUUUUUGGCUAUUAAAAAUAACCGAGUGAAAGAAUUUUCAAAUUUCAAUUGCCAGACAUGGCACAACAAGAGGCCUUCUUAAAUCAAGUUAUGUUGGGCUUUCAGUUUAGGCUUUAUUUUCGCAAGUUUGCUUGAGUCAGUCAGACUACAUGUGUCAGGAGUUGUCCUUGCUAUAUUCAACGCUGCAAUUAGUUAUGCUUGAUUGCUGCAUCCCAGUGUUAGAAGAUCAUUUAAUUUCCUCUAAAAGAUUCCACUGCAGAGCAAGUCGUGCCAUUCCUUUAGCUCUCUAAUAGCUGUGCACUUAAAUAGCAAGGACUAAUCGGCAGAAAUCACAAAACAUUUCUAGCAUCGGUUGCCCGAUUGAAAUGAAAAGUCUGGCCUUUUUUGUAGAACUGUGUUAAGUGCUGCAGUGAAGCUUAGCAUUUCCUGCAGAUUAAAAACGGCUGCUGGUUUCUUUUUGCUGAAAGCCGGGAAGGCAGGUCCACUGACAUGGAAACCAUUUCUGCUUUUCAUCACGGAACUGUUGUGUUUCUAAAGAAAUAGCAUGAUGCAUUUUUAUUAUCAAAACUGUGCUGCAGGGACUGGUGUUCCAAGUAUAAUAGCAACUAAAGGAACCUUGUUCUAGCCCUGUUCACUACAGUAAUGUAUGUUCUAUAUAUGGAUACCAUGGAUGUUACAUUGAGUGACGUUAAUGCAAAAUAAGGAUUCAAAACAAAAACCAGCAUACGUUUACCAAAAAUGUCAAACAAGCAGUGCCUGUUUAAUCUUGCAGUCUCUGUUGAGUUCAGUUGUAAAUCUAUUCAUUCAGACAACUUGUUUUCUGCAAAAGUGAUCCAACGCGCAGAAUGUAAGGGUAAAUCCUACCCAGCUGUCAGCUUCCAAGAGCUUGUUUACCUGCUCCGUAUUCAGAGAGGCUCUUACGCAUAACAUAUAUAUUCUGCAUUCAUGUGUGUAACGGCCUGAAAUACCAUUUAAGUCUUGACACUGCGCACUGUACAGAUUCUUUUCAUUGUGAGUGUGGCUCCCCCGGUCUAUCUGCAAAAGAGCUCUUUCCAGAUGGGAGUUCUGACAAGCUGGGAAAGGAGUCCCCCUGUAAUUGUAAGAACGUUUGAGAUAUUUCUCUUGAGAACAACUUUUGUAGGACUGUGUGUUUCCAUAGAUACAUGAUGCUACGUUUAGUACAGUAGUAGGUAACAAGUAGUCAGUAAGUGCUUUCUAGCCACACACCAGGGUUCUUCCAUUUUGUAACUUGUGGCCUCUUAGUCCCUUGCCUACAGCUCUAGUCCUACAGUUGCCAAAAAGCAACUUGAACAGCCUCUAUACUGGCAUGGUCGUACUGUGCUUCGGGUCUGAAUGCAGAUACCCAGACAGUGAUGAGCCUACGUACCUGAGAGCAGCCCAUUAACCUGCGACUGCAGGGACUAUGUGUUUGCAAGUUUCAAACUGGUGUAAAUUCAGCUUGACUUAUGUGAUUGUAACUGUUAUAUCCAGCCUAUACUGCUAGCAGCUGCUCAUACUGCAGUCAAUUACUGGAAGUGGAUAUGUUUCCUAUGCAAAUAAAGAAAAAAACAGUUUAAAAAUAAAAAUGAGCUAUGCUACAAA